AUAAUAAAAAAUUUGGUUAUGUAAAUAUAUUUUGAAGCGAAGUUUACGACUAUCAAUGAAACUUUAAACACACACAUUCGAGAUGUCACAAACACGGAACCUAUAGAGGUUGGAAAAAUUCGCGCAAUUCUGCUGGCUGGUCCGUCUAUUACAGCCAUUAACAUGAAAAUAACCGAGAAGGUAACACGUAAUGCCAAAACAGAGUUGGAAGGCAUUAAUUGCGCGAAUUGUACACAUGCUGUUAAAGAAUCUCGUGAUGCGAAAGUGAUUAUUUGUUUCUGUAAAGUAUAAUAUAUUUAUUACGAGUUACAUACGUGACUCUACACAUUUCGCAUUUUCUUUGCAGUAUAGAAAACACGAUAAAAAUGGUUAGAAAUUAUAAAAGAAAGUCGUCUAAGGGUACAUACGAGGAAACGGAUAUGAAAAAAGCAAUUGAUUUGGUUGCUAAAGGAGGUAGCAUCCAAUCAGUAGCUGAUCAAUGUGGUGUUAAAAGAGAAACUCUGAGACGCAAGAUUAAAAUUUUAACACCACAUAAUGGAGAAGUCGAACUUACAUCAACCUUCAGCCAUAAAGUUUUUACUAACGUUCAAGAAAAUUCAAUUGCUGAUUAUUUAAAAAUGUACUGCAAAAUGUUCUAUGGAUUGACAACAAAAGACUGCUGUCAACUAGCAUACGAAAUUGCUGUUGCUAAUGAAAUUAAGUGUCCUGCGUCGUGGGUUGAGAAAGAAAUAGCCGGUAAAGACUGGUUGUCAGGAUUUUUUAAAAGACACCAAAAUUUGUCACUUCGAUCUCCAGAAGGAUAUAAUUUGAGUCGAGCUACAGCAUUUAAUCGUCAUAAUGUAAAGGCCUUUUUCGAUAACUAUCGAACGUUAUUGAAGAAAGAGCCGCGACUUGGAGAUCCAUCAAGAAUUUAUAAUUUAAAUGAAACUAAAACUACAACAAUUCAAAAUAGUGGAAACAUAAUAGCUGAGAAAAGUUCCAAUGCUUUAUGUAAAGUAAUAAAUACGGAAAAAGAAGUUCUUGUUAUAACAUGCAUCUGUGCUGAUGGAAAUUAUUUACCACCAGUUCUGAUAUUUCCUCGAGUCAAUUUCCACAAUCACAUGAUUGGUGCUCCACAUAACUCUUUGGGUCUAGCCACUCCAUCAGGCCGGAUGACUACUCAACUCUUUGUUCAAGCAAUGCAACAUUUUAUAAAAUUUUCACACAGUACAAAGGAUAACCCAUCACUUUUGAUUUAUGAUAACCAUAAGAGUCACUUAAGUUUAGAGAUCUUCGAGUUAGCAAAAGCAAAUGGUGUUCACAUUUUGACACUACCUUCGCAUUCAACACAUCGAAUGCAGCCCCUUGAUGUUGGCCUAUACAGUUCAUUUCAAAAGUUUUACAAUGCUGCUAUCGAUUCAUGGAUGUUGAGUCAUCCAGGGAAAAUUGUAUCAAUUCAUGAAGUAGCUGGAUUUGUCGGCACAUCCCUGCCAUGUGCUAUGACACCAAAUAAUAUCAUUAAUGCCUUUAGAAAGACUGGCAUUUUCCCUUUUAACUUACAUGCAUUCAGCGAUGAUUUUCUCCCGAGUUUAAUUUCAGAACGGCCCCAUGCAAUAGAUGUAUCUACAGAGGAAACGGACAAUGUAACAGGUAGAGCCGAGAUAAAUUCUUAUAACAAUAUUACAGACAAAACAGAAUUGAUGUGUGUUGAUGAGACGAUGAAAGAUGACAAUUCAAUACAAGGAUUCAAAAGAGAAUUGGAAGUAGAUAAAAUUCUUGGCUCGGCAGAUGACAAUGGAAAACUAAUGUACUUGAUGCAAUGGAAAGGAACAGAUAUAGUUGACAUGGUACCUGCCAGUGAAGCCAAUGUCAAAUGUCCUCAGAUUGUUAUCCGAUUUUAUGAGGAGAGAAUAACUUGGAAAAGAGCAAAAAUAAGACCAAAGCCAUUCAGUUGGGAACAGAUGACAAAAGCUAAAGAACAUAUUGCUGCAGGCUAUACUAUAAAAGUUGCAGCUCGAUUUGUGGGAACAAGCGAAUCAACAUUACGAAAGAGAUUAAAAGAAGGCACAGUAACAAUAAAUUUAGGUAGAUUCAAAUCAAGCUUGUCAAUAGAAGAUGAGAAAGCUUUAGUAGAACGGGUGAAAAUCAUAAAUAAUGUAUUUUAUGGAGUGUCAAGAAAGCAAUUAAUGGCAAUUGUGUAUCAAUAUGCUGAACAGAACAUUAUUUCCCAUAAUUUCAAUCCUGAAAAAAAAAUGGUAGGAGAAAAAUGGAUCAGAGACUUUUGUAAUAAAUAUAGAUUAACUUUACAACGGCCACCAAAGUAUCCAGAACUUGCCUUUAGAUUCAACAAGUUUCAUUUUAAAAAAUUCCAUGACAAUCUAAAAAAGAUUCUAGAAGAAAAUCCUAAACUUAAUGCUAGUCAUAUCUAUAGUAUGGAUGAAAGUAUUGUAUUAACUAUUUCUAAUAAAUUUCCAAAAAUUGUGUCAUCUAAACGUAAAGGCAGAGUAUCUAAAGUAGUGUCUCAAAGUCAUAUAGAGACAGUAACUGCAGUGUGCUGUAUGAGUGCUGCUGGCUAUUAUGUUCCACCUGCUCUAAUCUUUCCUCGAAAAAAGUAUAAACCAGAAUUUUGUAACAAGGCACCACCAAAUACUUUAGGUAUGGUAUCUGAUUCUGGAUCCAUAAAUUCAGAGCUAUUCGUAACCUGGUUGAAACACUUGACAAAAUAUGUGACAGCAUCUCAAGAUAGACCAGUGUUACUUAUACUGGACAAUCAUAUAUCCCACAGCAGUGUGCCAGCAGUUGAUUACUGUCAAGAAAAUGGCAUCAUUUUGUUAUCUUUACCUCCAUACGCUUGCUACAAAUUACAACCACUUGAAGUAGCUCUUUUCGGAUCACUGAAAAAGUUCAUAGCAGAAGAGUGUGAUCAAUGGAUAUCACAACAUCCACGUCAUCGGAUAAUUCAUCGAAUAGGAGAGAUUUUUUGCUCAGCUUAUCACAAGACUGCUUCUGUUGACAAAGCAAUUAACGCGUUUAAAGCUACAGGCAUUUUCCCUCAAAAUCGCUCUGUUUCUCAAGAAGAAGACAUCAACCUAGCAUCACUUACGGAGAAACAAUCAGUCAAGCAUCCUGAAGAUAAUGAGUUGGGAAGGGGUGAGGGACAGGGGAUUCCUUGGUGCGAGGGAGGCGACAUUACCGGGGAGAGGAGGAGUAUGAACGUCACGAGUGUGGACGAGGGGAAUGACGACACGGAAAUAACGUCAUGGGAUAGGGAGUAUAUCACAAGGUGCGAUACUACAAGCUGUGCACGUCCAGCAGAGUACUUGGAGUCCACCGUUUACAGUCCGUGCAGUCAAGCUUCUUUGUCUUCGAGCAAGAUAAAAAUAAAUUCUGAUGAGGAGAUUGAAAUUAAAACAGAGUUGUAUGAUGAAAUGAUGAAAGAUGACAGCAGAGUACAGGGAUUCCAAAGAAAUUUGGAAGCAGAUAAAAUCCUUGGCACAGCGGAUGACAAUGGAAAACUGAUGUACUUGAUGCAAUGGAAAGGAACAGAUGUAAUUGACAUAGUACCUGCUAGUGAAGCCAAUGUUAAAUGUCCUCAGAUUGUUAUUCGAUUUUACGAAGAAAGAAUAACCUGGAAAAGGGCAAAA